AUGCCCCUCGAUGUCGUUUCCGACGACGACGUCGAUCUGUUUGAGGAGGACCCACCUGAGGCUGACUAUGAGGGUGAGGCCCCCAUUGCUGCUGAUGCCAUCCUACCUAUUGCUGAUGCUCCUGCAGAGGAGGCUCCUGUUGCUUCACAUGUCCCUGACUCAUUUGAGUCUGUGGCGUCCGCAUCUUUGCACACUCAGGGAGUGCAGCACCACUCUUACAACGCCGACCCUGACAUGGCGUCAUCAGCUACACCUGCUCCCGCACACAGCUUCGAGUUUGAUCACGAUGUUGAUGAUGAUCUGGAUCCUGUUUUUCCCCCUGAGGAUCCUGUUGUUGCACCACUUCCUGAUCCUGUGCCGGUGAUGUUCGACCGCGCACCUUUGGCGACCCAUAUAGAUCCACGUUACGCUGACACCCGUAACGGGUGGAUAGAUGAUGACGACGAUUACCCACCAUUCGUGUUACCAGUUACACCUCCUUCAGCACCCGUUUCAGCACCCAUUGAUGUUCCGUUGUUUCCCCAGCACAUCACGGAUGCACACCGCACUGAUCUUCCUGUUACAUUUCUUCAGGACAUCCCUCCACCACGUCCUGAGGAGGGUUCAUCUCGACAGCCGUUUGGUCAUACACCUUUCGUGUCAGGAGGAGGCCAGUUCGUACCCCAGAUUUCUCAUCCUACUCUUGUUCCCACUGUUGUACCACCCACUGCACCAUUCUUCAAUCCAUCUAGCGAGCCAUUCCUAUAG